ACGCAUGGCGGCGGCGCUCAGCAGGCAAGGGAAGGAAGUAGAAGGAAGGGAAAAUCAGUGGAAGCAAAGUGCACAGAAGGACAGAGCUCAGUGCAGGGUGGAGUAUAUAAGUGUACGCAGGGAGGUGACUAAGAGUGCGUAGUGUAGGUACGUGUAAGGAAGUAUCAAGGAGGACUCAAGAAGAGAUACACAGCGGAACAGCUCAAGAGAAGGUGACAGCCGAGGCGUGCUGGGGUAACGCCGAGAUUUUUAGUGCAAGGAAACUCAAAUUAUAAGCCAAGAUGGUGUUAGCCGAUUUAGGACGCAAGAUUACUUCAGCCCUCAAGUCCCUCAAUAAUGCCACAAUCAUUAAUGAGGAUGUGCUCAAUGAUCUGCUGAAGGAGAUCUGUGCUGCACUACUUGAAUCUGAUGUUAAUAUACGCUUAGUGAAGCAGCUCAGAGAAAAUGUGCGCUCAGCCAUUGAUUUUGAUGAGAUGGCUGGCGGCCUCAACAAGCGCCGGAUGAUCCAGACUACUGUCUUCAAGGAGCUUGUUAAGCUUGUGGACCCAGGAGUGAAGCCUCAUGUUCCUAUAAAGGGGCAUCCCAACGUUAUCAUGUUUGUUGGUCUCCAGGGUUCUGGUAAGACAACAACUUGUACAAAACUUGCAUAUUACUAUAUGAAGAAAGGAUGGAAGACCUGCCUUGUUUGUGCCGACACCUUCCGAGCUGGUGCUUUUGAUCAGGUGAAGCAAAACUGUACCAAGGCUCGCAUACCCUUCUAUGGCAGUUACACAGAAGUUGACCCAGUUGUAAUAGCUAUGGAUGGUGUUGAACAGUUCAAGAAAGAGGGCUUUGAAAUCAUCAUCAUCGAUACAUCUGGUCGUCAUAAACAGGAAGAUUCUCUGUUUGAAGAGAUGUUGCAAAUCUCAAAUGUCUGCAAACCUGACAACAAUUUUGUGAUGGAUGCCAGUAUUGGACAGGCUUGUGAGUCUCAAGCACGAGCCUUCAAGGAAAAAGUAGAUGUUGGUUCUGUCAUCAUCACCAAACUAGAUGGACAUGCCAAGGGUGGAGGGGCUUUGUCUGCUGUUGCAGCCACUCAGUCCCCUAUCAUUUUUAUAGGUACUGGUGAACACAUUGACAACUUUGAAGAAUUCAAGACCAAGCCAUUCAUCUCUAAACUUCUGGGCAUGGGAGACAUUGAGGGUCUUAUUGAAAAGGUGAAUGACCUAAAACUAGAAGACAAUGAAGCUCUCAUCAAGAAGCUCCAGCAUGGCCACUUUACACUCAGAGACAUGUAUGAGCAGUUCCAGAAUGUGAGGAAGAUGGGUCCCAUGUCACAGAUUAUGAAUAUGCUUCCUGGGUUCAGCACAGACUUCCUGACUAAGGGAGGUGAGCAGGAGAGUAUGGCACGGCUGAAGCGGCUCAUGACCAUCAUGGACAGCAUGACAGAUGAAGAGCUGGACAGUCUUGAUGGCAACAAGCUCUUCCAGAAGCAGGGGAGUCGAAUCAGUAGAGUGGCACGAGGAGCUGGAGUGAUGGAGAUUGAGGUGAAGGACCUCCUUAAUCAGUAUGCCAAGUUUGCACAGAUGGUCAAAAAAAUGGGAGGAAUGAAGGGUCUCUUCAAGGGAGGUGACAUGUCCAAAAAUGUGAACCAGAUGCAAAUGAACCAGCUUAAUCAGCAAAUGGCCAAGAUGAUGGAUCCUCGUGUGCUGCAGCAGAUGGGAGGCUUCAAGGGCCUAGAGUCCAUGAUGAAGCAACUUCAGCAAGGGGGUGGGCCCAUGGGCAUGGGCAAAAAUCCUUUUAAGUGAAAACCCACCACUUCCUUUUCCCCAGUUUUGUAUGAUAUUGAUAUUCCAUUUUAACUGCUGAGUCAACAUCACAAUUUAUUUUUUCAUGUGAAAUCUUCCCUUUUACAAAUCUGUAUUAAUCCUUCCAGAAUAUAUUAUUCUAAAAAUAUAGAUGAGAAGUUUUCUCAGAAUGUAAAAUAUGAAGAGAA